CACGAGGCAGAGUGCCAACUUUAAAAAUAUUUUCUGAAGCAGCCAUAGUUGUUGUAGAAAAUUUAGCUAUCUUUUAAAUGCUUUGAAUUGAAAAUUAUAUCGUUUUCUUUGUAAUUAUUUUUGUAGUUUUGAAAUGGAUACUCUGGUAAACCGUGAAAAUGAAAAUGCUGUGGCUAACAAACAACGUGUAGAGACACGAUUUGGUGGUGUGCGCAAACCCCUUAGAGGUGUGGAAAACAAAGCUAGGAAUGUACCUGUUAAGGCUUCUUUCAAGGACAAAGCCAAGGUGAUCUCUGUGGCCGUAAAUGCCAAAGAAAAUGUGAAGGUUAACAAGCUUGUCAAGACUGGUAAAGUUAAAUCUGAACAGAAAGAGGCUUUAGAGACAAUACCAACACAACUGUUGGCUUCCCUUCCUGUCGUUAAAUCGGAGGAAGUAAAAUGUCCAGAUAAACUGCCUGAAAAUGUUGACGACAUUGAUUCUGAAGACAAAGAGAAUCCCCAGCUCGUUAGUAUUUAUGUCAAUGACAUUUAUAGAUAUCUCUGGAAAUUGGAAGUCUUAUUUCCCAUUAAGAGGCUGCAUUUACAGAUGCAGCCAGAAAUAACUGGAAAGAUGAGAGCAGUCUUAAUAGAUUGGUUGGUUCAAGUUCAUCUGAAAUUCCACUUACUUCAGGAAACUUUGUAUUUAACAGUGUCUAUACUCGACAGGUAUCUUCAGGUGGACUACGUAAAACGAGCAGAAUUGCAGCUUGUAGGUGUGACGGCAAUGUUUAUUGCCUCUAAAUAUGAGGAAAUGUAUGCUCCGGAAGUUGGAGAUUUCGUUUAUAUUACUGAUAACACUUACACAAAACAAGAAAUUUUUAAGAUGGAAAGAAAGAUGUUAAGAAAGUUAGAUUUCAACUUGAGCAAACCUUUACAUUUACAUUUUCUGAGGAGAAAUUCUAAAGCAGGCAAUGUUGAUGCCACUAUGCAUGCCUUGGCCAAAUAUCUAAUGGAGUUGGUUCUUCUUGAAUAUGAAAUGUCUCAUCACAGUCCUUCUAUUGUAGCUGCAGCUGCUUUAAAUCUGUCUCUAAGGCUAUUAGCAGAUUUUUCAUGGAAUGAUACGUUGAAGUAUUUUAGUAACUAUUCCGAAGAGGACAUUAUGCCUGUGGUAAAAGCUUUGGCUAAAAUUGUAAUUAGAGCAGAUUCAUCAAAACUUCAAGCUGUACGUGCGAAAUACGCAAGCAGUAAACUUUGUAAAAUCAGCACAAUUCCUCAGUUGAAAUCUUCAGUUGUAAAGGAGCUUGCUGGAGCUAUUAAAUAAUUGCAAUACUUAAAAGAAAUUUUAAUUCAUUUCGACAAUCAUUAGUCUUCAAAAUUUGGACUUCAUUUAAAUGAAAUUUUAUAGACGAUUUUACUCUAGGUAUAUUUUAUGAAAGUGCUUUAUAUUCAUUGUUUCAUCUAUUUUAAUGCUAGUAUUAUGAUGCUUACUUGUAAAUACAUGCCAUU